AUGAUCCAUCCGGAGGUUCCAAGAUUACUAUCUUGCUUCGGCCAAAUCUUCUCACGGAGAUGGAAGCGCCUCGCGACGAACGUCGUCCUCCAGGCUUAUCCCAAGGACCCCCAACUUCGACCCAUUGAUUAUACGGUGGCAGGCGCGUUGCUUAUACCGAUUCUCAGACGAGCUCUAUCAAACCUGCUUGAGUGUAGCCCAGAUGGACUGGAAAGACAGACUCUAGAGCUUGCUAUCGACGCAUGCCUCUCCGCAUCAAAUUUUGGUGAUAAGUGCUGGAAAACAGUCGCGGUUGCAUAUGCCGAACACAUGGCUGAUCAGCAUGGUUGUGCCGUCAUCAAAGGAAGGGUUCAAUUGCGAAAGGCCAUGCUGGAAAGGCUAUAUCCGUCUGGAGCUGGCCCAAAUUUGCAAGAAAUCAAGAUAACAAGGGCAAACAACCGUUCGAACGCGGACUUUGGGAAAUUGAUUCUGUUGCAAGCGCGGCUCCAAAUCGAAAGAAGGGUGUCUCCGAAAGAAAUCAAUACAACCCUUGACCGAUUUCGCGCGUUCGAUCCUAUCUCGGAUAUAGAGCGGUCGGUUCAACUUGAUAUAGAUUUUCUGAGAGCCAAGCUCCUCAGGUAUGACGGGAGAUUCGAACCUGCGAGUGCAGCUCUUGUGGGUUGUGUGGAGGCCGUGACAUAUCGAGCGAGUAACUUGAUCACCAUUCACUACUACGAGACCCUUUGCGAAGCAGGAGAGCCAUCUGCUGCAAUACGAGGCCUGGAACAAGAGUAUGGAGAGCUCCUGAAGAAGGAAAAUGGCCAAGCAGGGAAUGUUAGACGGCUGAGGCUGGCAUUGGCAGGUGCAUAUUUGAUGAAGGUUCUUUUAGAUGGGUCCAUCGACAACGACUUGCUGGAGAAAUCCGAAAGACUUUUCAAAGGUGUUCAGUGGAUGGCGGAACCAAGCAUGGUUACAAAGCAGAAUAUUUACGUCACGAAGGCUAGCCUCGGCAUGGUUCACCUUAUCAGGUCUGAGUGGGAGGAGUCGUUGCAGUAUUGGGAUGAAGCCCUUGACGCGGCAAACAGCUGCUUCCCAAAUAUAGGUCACGCGGAGAUGGUCACUCAGUACGCCCAAUGCGAGAUCUUGCAUAGGAUUGGUCGAUAUUCAGAAGCCCUGGCCAAAGGGGUUGCAGCACAAGAGAUCUUCCAAAAAUGCGGCCGGGAAUAUUAUUUCCUGGGCCAAGGAACUGCCUGGCUCGACAAACUUGACGAGCUUGCGAAAAGCAGUGGAAGACCUGCUAUUGCAGGGAGAGACUGA